UUUUAAGAAAACGAGCUCCGGCCAACGCAAAGCAACACAGAAAUAAGAGAAAAGUCAAAUAAAAAGAAACGCAAACGCGAAAUUUGUACCAAGUGCCAAUGUUAAAGUCUCAAAACAACGAAAUAUCAAAUGUUAUUUAGAUGAGGCUAAAAAAUAUUUACAAGUGCUGAGCAAAAUCAAACGCCACACACACACACAACCACAACACAAUACACACAAGGAUUACGGUUACGCGUCACACACAAAAAAGCGCUCAAAUAUGAAAACCAGAAAGUGAAAAGUUAAAAAAAAAUUUACCCCAAACCCACCAAAAAAAAUUAAUUAAAUAACAUAAAAGUUGGGAAUUUUUAACGCUAAAAAUAACGCACAACAUUUUGAAGCAACAUGUCAACAACAACAACAACAACAACGAGAAGCUGCCUGUUGCUGCUCCCGCUGCUGGUGCUGCUGCUGACGGCUGCGCUGCCAACAGCGACGCAUGCGCAGCAGUGCGCCUGGGAAUUCGUGCGCACCACCAUGGACAUCAAAUGCAAUGUACGCGCAUUGGACCAGGGCGCCGCCGCGCUGGACUUACAGGUGGCCGAAACGGCGAAUCGCUUCGAGCUGCAGUGCAGCACGGAUUUGUUGCACGCCAGCGAACUGAGCAGCGGUCUAUUCCGCAAAUUGCAAAAGCUCGCUGAGCUGCGCGUGGAUGGUUGCAAGCUGCAGCGCGUCCCAGCGAAUGCGUUCGAGGGUCUGCACUCGCUGAAGCGACUGCAGCUGGAGACGCACAACGCAAUGUGGGGACCUGGACGCACGCUCGAGCUGCAUCCACAGGCAUUCCAGGGUCUGCGCGAGCUGAGCGAACUGCAUUUGGGCGAUAAUAAUUUGCGGCAACUGCCGGAGGGCAUCUGGUGCAGUAUGCCCGGACUGCAGCUUUUGAAUCUAACGCAGAAUCGCAUACGCGCUGCAGAGUACUUGGGCUUCUCGGAGAAGCUCUGCCUGGGCCAGGCGUCGCUGCCCAAUCAGCUGAGCGGCGGCGCUGAGCUGCAGCUGCUGGAUUUGUCGCACAACGAGCUGCGCGCUCUGCCCGAUGCCUGGGGCGCCUCGCGUUUGAGGCGUCUCCAAACGCUCAGCCUGCAGCACAAUAAUCUGAGCGCCUUGGCGCCCAGCGCACUGGCUGGUCUGAGCUCAUUGCGUGUUCUGAAUCUGUCGCACAAUCAUUUGGAAUCGCUGCCAGCUGCCGCUUUUGCUGGCAACAAGGAGCUGCGCGAGCUGCAUUUGCAUCACAAUGAUCUUUACGAUUUGCCCAAGGGUCUGCUGCAUCGUUUGGAGCAGCUGCUGGUGCUCGAUCUGAGCGCCAACCAGCUGACCAGCCAUCAUGUGGACAAUAACACCUUUGCGGGCCUGAUCCGUUUGAUUGUGCUGAAUCUGUCGAACAAUGCGUUGACACGCAUCGGCGCCAAGACCUUUAAGGAGCUGUAUUUCCUGCAAAUACUGGACAUGCGCAACAAUUCCAUUGGUCACAUCGAGGAGGGCGCCUUUUUGCCGCUCUACAAUCUGCACACUCUCAAUCUGGCCGAGAAUCGUUUGCAUACGCUGGAUAAUCGCAUCUUCAAUGGACUUUAUGUCUUGACCAAGCUGACGUUGAACAACAAUCUGAUCAGCAUUGUGGAGACGCAGGCCUUUCGCAAUUGUUCCGAUCUCAAAGAAUUGGACUUGAGCUCGAAUCAGCUGCUGGAAGUGCCCGAAGCUGUGCAGGAUUUGAGCAUGCUCAAGACUUUGGAUCUGGGCGAAAAUCAAAUUUCGGACUUCAAAAAUGGCACCUUCAACAAUCUGAAUCAAUUGACGGGCUUGAGGCUCAUCGACAAUCGCAUUGGAAACAUUACCGUGGGCAUGUUCCAGCAGCUGCCACGGCUGAGCGUACUGAAUCUGGCCAAGAAUCGCAUACAGAGCAUCGAGCGUGGUGCCUUCGAUAGGAAUACAGAGAUUGAGGCCAUACGCUUGGAUAAGAAUUUCCUGACCGACAUCAAUGGCAUCUUUGCCACGCUCGCCUCGCUGCUCUGGCUGAAUCUCUCCGAGAAUCAUUUGGUCUGGUUCGACUAUGCAUUUAUACCCUCGAAUCUGAAAUGGUUGGAUAUACAUGGCAACUAUAUUGAGGCGCUGGGCAACUAUUACAAGCUGCAGGAGGAGCUGCGCGUGAGCACACUGGAUGCCAGUCACAAUCGCAUCACGGAGAUCACACCGAAUUCUGUGCCCAACUCGAUUGAGCUGUUGUUCAUUAACAAUAACAUCAUUAGCCAGCUGCAGCCGAACAGCUUUGUGGAUAAGACACGGCUGGCACGCGUCGAUCUCUACGCGAAUGUGCUGUCCAAGCUGUCGCUGAAUGCGCUGCGUGUGGCGCCGGUGGCGCUGGAUAAGCCCCAACCGGAAUUCUAUUUGGGGGGCAAUCCCUUCGAAUGCGACUGCUCCUUGGAGUGGCUGCAGCGCAUUAAUAAUCUGACCACACGCCAGCAUCCGCGUGUCGUCGAUCUGGCCAACAUUGAGUGCCUGAUGCCACACAGCCGCCAGGCGCCGCUGCGUCCCCUGUCUAGCCUGAGCUCCGCGGAUUUCCUCUGCAAAUACGAUACACACUGCCCGGCCACGUGCCACUGUUGCGAGUACGAGAGCUGCGAGUGUGAGCUGAUAUGCCCCAACAAUUGCAGCUGCUUCCAUGAUGCCACAUGGUCGAACAAUAUUGUGGACUGCGGCAAACAGGAUUUGUUGAGUCUGCCGCCGCGCUUGCCACAGGACGUGAAUGUGCUCUAUUUGGAUGGCAACAAUUUGCCAGUGCUUCAAGCGAAUCAUCUGGCCGGACAACGUAGCCUGCACACCUUGUACUUAAAUGCCUCCAAUCUGGUUGCCUUGGCCAAUGGCAGCCUCUCGCAGCUGCCACAGCUGCGCGUGCUGCACUUGGAACACAAUAAGCUGACCAGCCUGGAUCAGGACAGCUUCCGUUCGCUCAGUCUGCUGCGAGAGCUGCAUUUGCAUGGCAAUCAGCUGGCGCAUAUUGCGAAUGCCACGUUUGAGCCGCUCGUCUCGCUGCAGUUGCUCCGCCUGGACAACAAUCGGCUGACAGCGCUGCCGCUGCAGCAGCUCGCGAAUCUGCAAUAUCGCAACAAUCUGCAGGGUCUGACACUGGGCAGGAAUAGCUGGAGCUGUCGCUGCCAGCAGCUGCGCGAAUUGGUGCAAUUUGUGGCGGACAAUGCGCUGGUCAUUCGGGAUACGCCGGAUAUAUAUUGCGUGGACGCGGGCAUUAAGCGCGAAUUGGAGCUGUUGGGACAGGAUAAGCUGCCCACGGCGGACUGCUCGGAACUGCUGGAUGCCAGUGCCAGCAACAUUAGCUCCACACCGGAUCUCGCCCAGGGAUAUCGCUUGCCCUUGUUGGCAGCAGUUCUGGUGCUCAUCUUUCUGGUCGUGGUGCUCAUCAUUGUGUUCGUCUUCCGCGAGAGCGUUCGGAUGUGGCUCUUUGCCCACUAUGGCGUGCGUGUCUGUGAGCCACGCUUCGAGGAUGCCGGCAAGCUCUAUGAUGCCAUCAUAUUGCACUCGGAGAAGGAUUAUGAGUUUGUAUGCCGCAAUAUUGCUGCCGAACUGGAGCAUGGUCGUCCGCCCUUUCGCCUGUGCAUACAACAGCGUGACUUGCCACCGCAGGCUAGCGGAGGGCAGCUGGUGGAGGCGGCCCGGGCAUCGAGGAAGAUUAUUUUGGUGCUAACACGUCAUCUGCUGGCAACGGAGUGGCAGCGCGUCGAGUUUCGCAAUGCAUUCCAUGAGGCGCUGCGUGGUCUGGCCCAGAAACUGGUCAUCAUCGAGGAGACGAGCGUUUCCAGCGAGGCCGAGGAUGUUGCCGAACUGGCGCCCUAUCUGAAAUCGGUGCCCUCGAAUCGGCUGCUCACCUGCGAUCGUUAUUUCUGGGAGAAGCUACGCUAUGCCAUACCCAUUGAGCUGUCGCCGAGAGGCAAUAACUACACGCUGGAUCAUCACGAGCGCUUCAAGCAGCCCGUUUCGCCGGGCUUGAUAUUCCGGCAGGCGCCACCGCCGCCCGCCUACUACUGCACCGAGGAUAUGGAGGCCAAUUAUUCGUCGGCUACCACGGCCACGCCCUCGCCGCGACCAAUGCGACCCGUUGUCGAAUCUUUGGCCAUGCGUCCGCCCUCGGAGCAUAUUUAUCAUAGCAUCGAGUCGGAGUACAGUGCCUACGAUCAGCAUGAGGCGCUCUCCAUGAUGCCCAGUGCGCUGCUGCAUCAUUCGCAUCAGCAGCACCAACAGCAGCAACAUCAAUUGCAGGCGCAUCAGCUGCAGCAGUUGGCACGCCAGCAGCAGCAGCAGCGCUUGCUGCAGCCCCAGUAUCGCGCACAGCACCCAGCAGCAACAACAACAACAGCAGCAGCAGCAGCGUCGACGUCAGCGUCUGCGCCCGUGCAUUUGCGCAGCGGCAGCGGACUCAGUCAGGCCAGCAAUAGUACACAGUCCACAGCACAAGCAUCCACUUCCGCUGCAGCCGCGCAGCAGCAGCAGCAACAACAACAACAGCAACAGCAGGCAGCUGGUGCCGGCAGCGACGCGGGCAGCACCACCAAUAAAAACGGCGGCCAAGCUUUUCUGGUAUAAGCUGUCCCUCUCUCACUCGCACGCACAUACGCUCAAAAGGGUUCCUGCGCAGGGGCGGCCAUCUUGAAGCUGCUCGCUCGCUUGCGCGUCAGGCAAACAAAAAAUGCACACACACACACACAUAGAAUAUAUAUACAUACAUAUAUAUAUAUAAAUUAAAAGACUUUUUCGUAGGCAUUUCUAUUCGCAUGCGCCUUCGGUGUUCACGUGUUGAUGUUGUUGUUGUUGUUGUUGUUUUGUAGUUGUCUCGCACAACCAACACAAACACGCA